AUGCUAGGAGCCACAAUCAACUACCACCUUGAUCAGCAACCUCAUGCCGUAAGAAACACCGUUCAAGCUCUGCGAGAGAACACCUACGUUGAUAAUCUCAUGCAAACCGCUAACGACGUUGACGAGUUGAACGUAUUCAAGGAAAAGGCGACACACAUUUUUGAAUCUGCAAAAUUUCCCGUCCACAAAUGGGAAACGGAUGUGUCAGAUUUAGACGAAGAGUCUAACCCGAGCAAGUUACUUGGACACAUUUGGGAGAAGAGCGAGGACACACUGGAAAUUAAGGCUGAUAUGAAGCUGCCAGAGGACGGUCCUGUAACGAAACGUACUAUUUUAAGCAAACUUAGUGGGAUAUAUGAUCCACUAGGAAUAAUGUCGCAAACAAUGGUAGAGGGCAAACGUAUUUAUCGCGAAGUCUGUGAUGAGAGAGCCAGCUGGAAUGCGGAAGUAGGUGACAACGUGAAACGAGAUUUCUUGCGUUGGACUGGUCAAUUGAGAAAUGUGAGAGUGCCGAGAAGCAUUGCCAAGGACAUACGUAAGUUGAAGAAGGUCCAUUUGCACGUGUUCGCCGAUGCUAGUAACGUCGUGUGUUCCACGGUGACAAUAGCAGUGAUUGAACAUUCGACCGGGGUGGUUAAAAGACUGCUGACAUCAAAGAGUAGGAUCUCGAAGCGUAACACCACAAUAGCGAGGCUAGAGUUGAUUAGUGGACAUAUGGCGGCAAAUAUGGUCAAGAAUCUCUUAUCUGCCUUAAAGCACUGGCCUAUUGCAUCUGUCACUAUCUGGAUGGACAGCAUGGUGGCACUGUAUUGGAUUUGCAAUCCGGGAAAAGCUUGGAAAGUCUUCGUGAGCAACAGGGUGAGAAAGAUUGCGGAGAUCACUCAUGACACUGGCAUAAAGUGGAAACAUUGUCCCACAGAGAAGAAUUUAGCAGAUCUCGGCAGUCGAGGAGCAAGUUUAAACAAAAUGGAAAAGGGGGAUUGGUUCACGGGACCAGACUGGUUGGUCGACGAAACAGAGUGGCCAGAACAGCCGAAGCUUGAGUCAACUAAGAGAGUAUAUGAAGAGCACAAACCUACCGUGGAGGGAGCAUUGUUUACGUUAAAGCGAGAUCCAGUUGAGUGGGACUCAUUACUUGAGAAACGUUCUUAUUGGAGAACUUUAAGAGUGACAGCGUGGGCCCUAAGAUUCAAGCAGAACGCCCUCGCUAAGAAAAGAAUGACGAAGAAAACUAGUGGACCACUAACAAUUGAAGAGAUAUCGAGCGCACGGAAUUUGUGUGUCCGACGAGCACAAACGGACGUUCAACCAGACUUAGAGACCCCGGGGUGGAAGCUGGAAAAAGAAGAGACUACAGGCAUCUUCAAAUGCAAGGGGAGAAUCCAGGGAUGGAGAAUGAUUCUUUUUGUCAGCAAGCUUCGCACCCAGGAAGGAAAGAAAAUGAUGGGUCCGCAUCCGCCAAAGGCGCUGAAGACGAGCGGUGUGAAGGAACCAUGCUCGACUUCAACAAUCCGUUGGUUGUAA